AUGAGGAUGGACUGUACAGUCUCCCAGCCACAGUCUAUUCUGUCCUCGUUGCACCAGCCGUGUUCUCCUGAGCAGCAUCCUUGUCAUCCGAAUGAUCUGAGGACUUCCCCGGGCAGCGUCGACUGCUACUCCUCUGAGGGCGCAGAUCAUCCCUUGGCCCUUUGCAUCCCUGCCGCGCAGACCCUCGUGCAGGCGUCGAGAACUCCCCCGCCGCCCUGGAGCCUCCCCACGAAGAAGGGCACGCCGGGCCUCAUCUGCGUGGUUUGUGGAGACACCAGCUCAGGCAAGCACUACGGGAUCCUGGCCUGCAACGGCUGCUCCGGGUUCUUCAAGAGGAAACACAACUCUGAUGCCUCGAAAUGCUUGGAGAAAACAACCUUGCAAGGACUUAUGUACGUGUCAGCUGUUCAAAACGAAAGACAACCGAGGAACACUGCUACCAUUCGACCAGAAACCUUGAGGGAUAUGAGUGCAGAACAAGAAAGGGCCCUCAGAGAAGCUGCUGUAGCUGUUGGAGUUUUUGGUCCACCUGUUUCCCUUACGAUGGCUUUGACACCUGCCAGAUAUACGAACAGUUUUCUACCUAGCGUAACUCACGCAAGUUUGCCAAAUCGGGAACCGACACCUUCAAAAGAUAACAGUGACAAUGAUGGUGAGUAA